CAAGCCCGUUUUUACUACAUCUCUAAUUAAUAAUCAACUUACUGUGUACAUAACCCGAAGAGAUUCCGUUCCGCCUGUGUCAAUCUUUCCGGGAUCGCGCGUUUGUAUUUUUUUUACGUUUUAUUUUGUAUUACCGACGAGAAGUGAGAUACGUCAGCUUGGUGAUCGCAAGUGACAAGAAAAAGGAAAACAACACCAACAAGAACAACACCGGCAACACAAUCCAGUGACUUCCCUUCCCGUCCCACUGAGCGGAUCUGGAUCAAGCCGAGUCAACAUUCCCACUGGACCCACUCAAGAGAAGAAACGGGAAGCAAAAAGUAUUAAGAAACAAGAAAGGCAAAUUGUGAUAGAAAUUUCGUAACAAGCCACCAGAUAGUACAAGGGCUGCCUUCUAGUCCUCUCCGGCGCCGCCCGCCGCCCAGCCACGAUUCCCUCUCGACCAGGCGAGCACACCGCCGGUCCUGGCGGCCAGCGAGUGCCGCCCCCAGUAGUAGCACCCUCCCCGACGUCGUCGCUGUCCCCGGGCCCACCGUGCCCGCCCCCCGCCGCCAUCCUGGAGGACCCCAUCGGCGCCAAGAUGCACAUUGAGGUGCAGGUCGCCCUCAACUUCGUCAUCUCGUACCUGUACAACAAGCUGCCCCGCCGGCGGGUCAACAUCUUCGGCGAGGAGCUGGAGCGCGCGCUCAAGGACAAGUUCCGCGGUCACUGGUACCCCGAGAAGCCGUUCCGCGGCUCGGCCUUCCGCUGCCUCAAGACGGGCGACCCCAUCGACCCCGUCCUGGAGCGCGCCGCCCGCGAGAGCGGCGUCCCCGUCCAGGACAUCCUGGAGAACCUGCCGCACGAGCUGGCCGUCUGGGUGGACCCCGGCGAGGUGUCGUACCGCAUCGGGGAGAAGGGGCAGGUGAAGAUCUUGUUCAGCGACAAGCACGACCUCAGCGACGACCACCUGGCGGAUCGCGAGGUCACCAAGACGUUCAACCCUGAGGCGCAGUGCUUCCGGCCCAUCGAGGCGAUGCACCACGCACCGCACCAGCACCAGCAAGUCCACCAGGGCCACCAGGGAGGCCACCAGAGUCACCAGGGCGGCCACCAAGGCGGCCACCAGGGCCACCAGGGCCAUCAAGGCCACCAGGGCCACCAGGGCCACCAGGGCCACCAGGUCCAGCAGGGCCAGCACAGCCACGGGCACGGGCACUCGGUGGUGCCGGGGCUGGUGCUGCCCCUGGGCAGCGGGCCCGCCUCGCCCUUCGAGCAGCCCAUCAACGGCGUGGGCACCAUCGGCCAGCCGCUGUCGCUGCCCCUGGGGCCGAACCUUGGCCCCGCCGGGGCCGCCAGCGCCACCAACAACCAGGCGCUAAGCAUGGGCCAGCCCCUCGGCCAGCCCCUCGGCCAGCCCCUCGGCCAGCCGCUGGGCCAGCCCUCCACGCCAUCCUCGGCGCCCAGCCCCAUCCCCUACAAGGGCUCGCCCAGCCCGGUGACGCCCUUCCUGCCGCGGUCCUCGGCGCCCCUCACCUUCACCACUGCCACCUUCGCGCAGACCAAGUUCGGCUCCACCAAGCUCAAGACCAACAGCAAGCGUGCCAACAGGAUGUCGCCGACCGAGUUCUCCAACUACAUCAAGCAGCGCGCCAUGCAGCAACAGCAGCAGCAGCAGAUGCACCACCACGGCGGCCCCGUCGGCCACCACCACAUGCCGCCCGCCUCGCAGCUGUCCCCGCAGGGCGGCGGGGGCCGCUCGCUGUCGCCCAACAUCCUCACGGACCCCACCAGCUUCUUCUUCCCGCCGUCACAGUACCCGCAGCAGCAUCAGCAACAGCAUUUCGGCCCGCCCAACGGCGUCAACGGCGUGAGCGGCGUGAGCCCCCGCGGGCUGUACGACUCCAGCUCGGGCCCGUUCCUGGACCUGUACUCGUCCUCCAAGGGCUACUCCAACUUCCUGGACCAUCAUGGAAGUUACUACAACAGCUCGGGCGGAUUCGGCUCCGGGUCCGCGACUCCGGGUCCCAUCGGCUCCGGACUGUCGAACGGCGGCUCGGGGGCGGGCUCUGGGGGCGGCAGCCACAGCCCGGGGGUCAUCGGCGGCGGCCUCGGCUCUGGGUCGUCCUCUUCCGGCAUGAGCGGUGGCCUCGGGGGCGUGGGCUCGGGGAGCGGCAACCAGUCGCAGGCCGAGAAGCAGCUCCUGGACGGCUUCAACAGCUUCGGCCUGGGGCCACACCCCAGCAACAACCAGUACCAGCACUUGCUGGUCGCUAACUAAAGCGUCCGCCGGCUCGGAUGCAAUGCGUAGUCGAUUUCUUGUUCUUUUUUAAAACAAAUAUUAUGUAUUGUUUUUUUAAUGGUUCAUUGUUGCUUGUCAAGGCAUGGUAGGGUCGGGUUCAAUCAGAGAUUGUGACCUGAGAUUCGAACCCACGUCUUGUUGCGGUUUAUCGUUGUAAAAAACGUGGGUUCGAAGAGAAAAGCCUCCCCCUGUGUGCUUUAAUGACCUACAUUGGUCCUAAAUUGCAUGUUUACAUGUUUUUCAUCUGUUUCCUGUUGGUUUUUUAAAUCUUUUAUUUUUCUUUUCUUUGUUUUAAGAUAGUUUGCGGUUUUUGUGUCCUUUUUUCCUUAAUUGCCUUAACUUGGCGUGGGGAGCUCUGAAAGGUUUCAUAUCUGAUCUGAGUAAGAUGGUGAUUCAUUGUCGUUGCCGAGGAAUGGCGCGUGCAGUGUAUUUUAAAUAACUGUGGAUAUUAUUGUGGGUUCAUUUUUUAUUUUUGUAUCUCUUUGUAAUAAAAAUCCAGUGUGAAUGUGUUAUAAAAAUCGAGAUGUGUAGAGUGUAUGGAGAAUACCCGGGGAGCAAACGCAGAGCUAAUGAAUUCUCGCACAUCAAAAAGAUGACUGGAGUGUCUUUGGUGCACUGGAGAUGUUUGAGUUUUUCUCUAACAGGAGAUAACGCAUACCAUAGCAGGGGACGCAUUCGCAUAAUUCCGCAAACAAACAGCCAAAUGUCUUUAAAAAAUGAUAAAAAAAUAAUCGCAGUGUACAUUCGCAAGCGUGUUUCGAAAUUCUACGGAUCUUCUCUAUCCUUUUUAUAAAUUUUAGAUUGUAAUUAUUGUAAACUAAUUACCAACUCUUAUUCUAAUUAUUCGUAUUCUCCAUCCAGUCCCUAGAAACACCUUUCAAGUGUUCUAUCUAGUUUUGGGGCCCUCUCUGGCGGCCGCAGUGUGCUCUGAUGAGUUUGUCUCGUUAGUUUUGCGUUUGAAAGUUCUUACCACGAUUAUUCUCAUCUACGGCAUAGGCUCAUGAAUUCAGUAUUACUUUUGUAUCACAGAAACCGCCGGUUGGUUUCUAAUUUGCAAGUUAAUUUGCAAGUUAAAUUUUCAAUCACACGGAAAGACACUUUGUUAUCCCUAUCUUGCGGCACCCGUUAAAUAUCUUUUUGUACAGAAAAUCCGGGCUGCAGACAGUUUAGUACAAUUUUACAUUAUAAUGCAAUCAUGUCUGCAGUGAGCCCGCGUGAGAUAAGAUAUGGAUUUUGUUGUAUACUGACAAUAUGAACACCGUACAAGUUCCGUUUCACUGUACUGCGUGUUGUAUUGCGGAAGUGUAACCAGGAUAUAUUUUUUGUAAUAAACAACAGUUUUAUACGUUCUUUUAAAAAAACAUUAACGUGUUAUGUCCUUUGAUAAUUUAAUAAUACUUGUUUCCAAAGUAAAGGGGACUGAGAUUUUCGAUCAUGCCAAAAAAAGGGAAGAUGCAACAAGUUGUGGUUUUACAAUCAUUAUGUUUUUCACGUUUAAUUUGCGAGGUGCAGGGUGCAGACGCCCAAUGCAUAUCGCUAGUCAGCCAACUCGGUGCGUGGCCUCUGCGCCGUCCCAUUCAAACGCGCUCUGCAUUUCAAAAAGUAAAAAAUUUCCCCGGCUUAGAUCAUACGAUAAAUGUGUUCAUUUGCUUUAUUUGCGGAUGUUACUUGUAACGCCGCCUUAAAGGUUCAUAAUCUCUGUCUUCUGGGACAAAACCUACGAGUUAAGCCUUACGAUAGUGUUUUAUAUUAUUCGGCCGCGGUAUGGAGCCGGCUGUCGAGCGCUCGCAGGCUGCGGGAGGUUACUCAUCGCUUGUUUGGUGUUUCGCUUUAUGGAGUCGCAUCUAAAAUGUAUACCUAUUGUCCCUCUAUCUUGCGAGUUAGUAGUUGUAAUUAAAAAUAACCUUUCCUUUGAGGUCUCCAUUGCGUAGUCAAGAGAGCAAAAGUAUUAGCAACUUUUUUCAAAAUUGUAGACUUAAAAAAAACCUUAUCUAAAUGAACGUAGGCUCGUGUUUUGGAUCUUGAUCUUUAUGUAUACAUAUACCUAUAUAUACAAACUAUACAUUUAGAUGUACUCGUGUAAAAUGUUUCAUUCGAUUGAUAUUCUCUCGGCUUGUCUAUUGCCUACACAGGAGUUGGUGCUGUGCGCCACACUUCAGUCAUUGAAUGCGAAUCCCUCUCUGAGAGUUUCGAAUUGUUCUGUUUGAUCGGUUUGACGGGUCGUGUGAUAUUCCGGUUGAUUCGCUGCAGCGCGUAGACUCAUUGCCUCCGAAGUGUUAGUCCUGUAGCUAUGCGGGAAUCUGUCUUGUUCUGAACCUCCCAUAAUCGGUCACAGAAAAUCCAAGGUCUUUCAAGCAAUUCACACUGACUAACAUAUUCUAAAAUAAUCGACAAAAAGUACUGUGACGAGGCCACCGGGCUAAAUAUCUUUUAGAUCAUACAUUUGAGUUCCUUCAAUUUAAGCGGAUCAUUAAGUUUUUCCUUAUGCAUCUUACAGAUCAGCAGUAAGGGAUACCUGUUAAGUUAAACCAAAGUGAAUAGUGACAUUACGUUACCUAAAUUUAUUAACUUUCAAACUGAUUGUAGUUUUAUGCCAUACGCUCAGUGAGUGUAUAAUUUUUCUUACGCGUUUUUUGAUCCUUUGAAACUUUGGUUUCUGUGUUUUCAUUUUUUUUACCAAAUCUGUAUAUUCGUGUUGAAACGUUUAGAGCGUUUUCAGUUCCAUAACAUAUUUUAUCUUUUAUACCCUAAAAUAUUACAAUUUCACGUCUGUUUCUUACUGUGUAUCUGGAAAUAAAAUCAUAAGUAUUGUCACGGA